GUUUACCGGUCUGUUUUGAGCCAGGAAAAAAUUGGCACAGAGCACUAGCACAGCCUGCUAACAUAUACUUGUGAUAACAGGUUAGCAAUUAGUCGCCGUUUGAGUGAGUUUAGCAGUAAGGAGAAGGCCGUUCUUACCUUAGUGACCAACACCUGGGUAUGUAGUCGGUCAGUGUAUGUGUAUGAAUGUGGCUUUUGGUGCAGGCUGGGACGGCAGCUACAGGGAUUAGCUGUACGGGGAGCUCCUGCUAGCAGUGCAAUGCUGACAUACCUUCAGACGGCUUGCUAAUUAUCUCAUAAACGGGGAUUUUGCUGCGACUCUAGUCGGAAAAUCGUCACCAUUCAUAAGCGGACUGUAUUCUGAAGCCCGGACCGGUUUAAAUAGUCCGACAGUGAAGCGUUCGAGUUAGCUGGCUAGCUGGGUCGCCUUCAAGUACAAGGUUAGCUGCUUAAAACGAGCCACCUGGACCCGAGAACCAUCAAAAGAGGGCUAUGUCUUCAGCAGCCACCACAGCCCCGUCGGUGGACAAGGUGGACGGCUUCUCCAGGAAGUCUGUCAGGAAAGCCAGGCAGAAGCGAGCGCAGAGCUCAUCCCAGUUCAGAUCUCAGGACAAGCCCAUAGAGCUGGUGCAGCUGCCUCUGCUGAAAGAUGUUUCUGCACAGGAGCAACCAGAGCUAUUCCUCAAGAAACUGCAGCAGUGCUGUACUCUUUUUGACUUCAUGGACACACUGUCUGACCUCAAGAUGAAAGAGUAUAAGCGGUCCACCCUCAAUGAGCUGGUGGACUACGUCACCCUCAGCCGGGGCUACCUGACUGAGCAGACCUACCCGGAGGUGGUCAAAAUGGUGUCCUGUAAUAUUUUUCGGACUCUUCCGCCUAGUGACAGUAAUGAGUUUGACCCAGAAGAAGACGAGCCCACGCUGGAGGCCUCUUGGCCGCACUUACAGCUCGUUUAUGAGUUCUUCAUUCGCUUCUUGGAAAGUCAAGAAUUUCAGCCCAGUGUUGCCAAAAAAUACAUCGACCAGAAAUUUGUAUUACAGCUCUUGGAGCUGUUUGAUAGCGAGGACCCACGAGAAAGGGACUGUCUGAAAACAGUUCUGCACAGAAUCUACGGAAAGUUCCUCGGCCUCAGGGCUUUCAUCCGCAAACAAAUCAACAACAUUUUUCUUUGUUUUGUAUAUGAGACAGAGCGCUUCAAUGGCGUAGCUGAACUGCUGGAGAUUUUGGGAAGCAUCAUCAAUGGUUUUGCGCUUCCUCUCAAAGCUGAGCACAAACAGUUCCUGGUGAAAGUGCUGCUGCCUCUGCACACAGUGAGGAGCUUGUCUCUCUUCCAUGCCCAGCUGGCCUAUUGUAUUGUACAGUUCCUAGAGAAAGACCCCACGUUAACAGAACCUGUUAUCAGAGGCUUGUUGAAAUUUUGGCCGAAAACAUGCAGUCAAAAAGAGGUUAUGUUUCUUGGAGAGUUGGAGGAGAUUCUAGAUGUGAUUGAGCCCACUCAGUUUGUUAAGAUCCAAGAGCUGCUCUUCAAACAGAUUGCUAGAUGUGUGUCCAGCCCCCAUUUUCAGGUGGCAGAACGAGCCUUGUACUACUGGAACAAUGAGUAUAUCAUGAGUCUGAUUGAGGAGAACUCUAGUGUCAUCUUGCCUAUCAUGUUUGCCAGUCUCUACAGGAUCUCCAAAGAGCACUGGAACCCGGCAAUAUCAGCUUUGAUCUACAAUGUGCUCAAAGCAUUCAUGGAGAUGAACAGCGCCUUGUUUGACGAACUCGCCGCCAAUUACAAAUCAGACAGGCAGAGGGAAAGGAAGAAGGACAAAGAGCGAGAGGACCUAUGGAGGAAGCUGGAGGAGCUGGAGCUCAGAAGGGGCAUCCAGAACAGCGACGGAGUCAUUCCCACCUAACACGGACCUCGUCUCCGCCCUUCUGUGUGGCCCCAACCAAUCCCUUUUUACUCUGCCACAGGGACCCCGUCCCCCUAUUUGCUUCUCAUGCUGCGUACUUUACCGCACACUCCCUCGUUCAUUUCCUCCCUUUCAACAGCACUGUAAAUAAUCCUCUCCCUCUUUCCUGUAUCAUACUACUACACUGAAAGGAAGAAGAAAAAAACAGAAAAUCUGAAGAGAGACUUAAUGUGCACUCCUUGUUGUAAAAAAAAAAAAAAAAAAAAAAAAAGAAAAUGGUAAAAUGAUAAUCAACUAUGGUCAAAGGAUAUAUUUUAAAAAAUCUUUUCAGUUCAGAAAUUGUUCAGCGUCUCCAUGUCAGUAUGUUGUUCUCAAGGAAGUGCCCCGGGACUUUGGGAUCCGUGCUCACCCUGCGAUUAAAGAUGUCUUAUGUGAGGAUCCUGUCGCCACCACUUUUUUUUUUUUUUGUCCUUUUAUGAAGAGAGACUUUCCA